UAUUGGAAUGGAAUGAACAUGUGCGCUGUAUUUUAAAUUCUAAUUGUGUAAUUUUUAAAACUUAAAAACUAUUGUCUACAAUAAUUAUAUUCAACUAGCCAUUAUUAGUUAGAAUUUUCGAAUCGAUACUAUCAUUCUAAUAUAUUUUAGUUGUAUUCAAAUAAAUGGCUCGAAAAUUUAAAAGUAAAAAACAGAAACGUGUGAAGGAUGUAUUCGAACAGAUUGCUAAGCGAAACGAAGAAUUAAAGGGUAAAACAAAUAAGCCUCCCAAAGAUCCGAAAUAUCAAGAUGUUCCGCGAAGUUUACGAGAAUUUAUACAAUUGAAAAAACUCGCAAAAAAAAGUGCAAAAGUUAUUUUAAAACAAAAAUCAUUGAAUUACGUAAACAUCGGUGGCAGUAGGCUACCAAGACAAUCGCCAAAAUGUGCAUUUGACAUUGGAGGAGAAGAGGAACAAAAAAUCGAUGAUACAGUCUCCACUACUGAUGUCGUUAAUGAGCCAGUAACUAUUCAGUCGACGAAAGAAAAAUUGUUACAAGCCAAGCGCAAAAGGAUACUGAAAAGUAAAUUGAAAAGAGAAAAAAAGAAAGAGAAAAAAAAGCAAAAACACGACGAAGAAGUUCAAAAUAAAGUUGAACACGAUAAAGAAUACAUAAAAGAUAAUAUUGCAUUUGGAGAAACAGUGCACUGUCCACCAAGUCUGUUGGUGAAACCCAGAAAAGCCGUAGUCAACGAAUUUGAAAAUCGACCUGGCCGUAAAGACGAUUUAUUCUUGAAGUCUAUGUUGGCGGAUCCUGGAAAUAUGGCCAAAGUGAAAAAAAUAACCAAUGUGAUCCUAAAAAAACCUAGUAAAAAUGAUAUUAAACGCAAAGCAUUUACGGGAAAACGGAGGGAGUUAGCACUGUCCGAUAGACGUAUGUUGGAAAAAGAAAGGGAUUCAGCCGUAUCGGCUUACAGACAACUGAAAAAAAAUGUUAUAACUAAAAAUAUGUAAAUAAAAGUAAAUAUUAAAAUGUUAAAUGUCACCAAGUAUUUUAAUUUUCUGUCUACGCGACAGAAACUGUUAUUAAUAGUUAUUUUGAAUAAUAACUCUACACCAAUUAGUAUCAAAAUACAUAUUACAUAUUUUACAUAUUGUUUUGGUUGUUGCCUAGAACGUUUAAACUGUGUAGGCCUGAAAUACCGGCAAUAAUUAUUUCAACAACCUUGAGCAUCUGAUAUUAAUUACCGCAAGUUGUGACUUAACAAAUUACUUUUUCAUAAAACGUAAAACCACCUAAACAAAGUAUGCAUAUAAUUUGUUACCUUUUUUUAGUUGAAAUCAAAAAUAGAAUUCCCAAAUAACAAAACGCUCAAAUAUGUUUAAAAUAACACAUUAUGUUGCAAAUUUCAAUGUUUCAAAAAUGUCAUAAAGCAGACCUGUGCAUUUUUUAUUUAAAUAACAAAUAAAUAAUAAUUGUUUGAAAAUUAUAACUUAUUUGAAAUACUUUUUUAUUUAGUCAUCAAACACAUUUUUAUUUACUGCAUCAAAUA